CCUUCGCACUAUUGAGUUAAGAUAUAUUGUUCGCUAGGAGGAAGUUUGUUACUCUUAAAGGACACCAGAGAUGUAAGGGUGGUUUGUAAACAUUUUUUUCUUUCCAAGAGAGGUCAGAGGAACGGUUACAGGGAAAAUACUGCAAAAUCCUUUACAGACUGCAGUGUGUAAGACAGUCUCACCUCAGUUCUGUCUGACAGCAGCUCGGUCUCAAAGCUCUGCACUCUGGCUGAGGGGGACACCAAUGGAAAACAACACCACCAUGUCAGAAAUUGAUGAAAUGAUCUUUUUAACCACGCCAGUUGACUACUCUUCAUACUAUGACGAGCCGAUGAAUAACUCCAACGUUUGCGAGGGAUUUGACAUCAGGUUCUUUAGCAAGGGGUUUCUGGUGACUCUCUACACUCUGGUCGUCAUCCUUGGCACCAUUGGAAAUGGCCUAGUCGUGUGCGUCCUGGUGAAACACCGGAACCAGACCAACUUGACAGACUUGUGCCUCCUCAACCUGGCCCUCUCCGACCUGCUCUUCAUCUUCACGCUGCCGUUCUACAUCCACUACACCGUGGUCAGCGAGUGGACCUUCGGGGACUUCAUGUGCCGCUUCCUGUCCUGCUCCCACCAGUCCGGCUUCUUCAGCAGCAUCUUCUUCAUGGUGGCCAUGACAAUGGACCGCUACGUGGUCAUCAUGCACGCUCACAAGGUGGCCCGGUAUCGCACCAUGAUGGCAGGCGCCGUCAUGAUCGCAGUGGUCUGGAUGCUGAGCAUCUGCGUCUCCCUGCCGUCGUUCAUCUUCGCCAACGUGACGGACGAGGAUAACGGGGCGAAGGGAUGCUACUACUCCCCUGAAAGCGAGGGCUGGGUGCAUUACGACCUGUUUGCUGUAAAUGUGCUGGGCCUGGUGCUUCCCCUGGUGGUGAUGGUGAUUUGCUACUCCAGGAUCAUCCCCACGCUGGUGAACAUGAGGACUGCGAAAAGGCACCGUGUCGUGCGGCUGAUAGUCUCCAUAGUGGUCAUCUUCUUCUUGUUCUGGAUGCCAUACAACAUCUCCCGUUUCUUGAAGUUCCUGUACUCCAGCGACAUCAUCGAGGGCAGCUGCACGUGGGAGGAAAACAUCAAGAUGUCGAUAACGAUAUCCGAGGCCUUCGCCUACACACACUGCUGCCUGAACCCCAUCAUUUAUGCCUUCGUGGGUCAGAAGUUCAUGAGGCGAGCCCUGCAUCUGCUGAAGAAGUGGGCCCCGGACUCGUCUGUUAGCUCCUCCUACCGGUCCUCCAGGAAGAGCUCUGUCGGGUCCAGGUCCUCCGAUGUCACCUCCACCGUCAUCAUGUAGGAGGAGGCAGAGACUGGUGAAUCAGUCGAUGGUUUUACCACUUUCAGUUUUCUUCUAGAGACACUUGAUCUUCAGUACGUCAUCUCUGAACCCUCUCUGCACGUCUCAUUUUUGGUUUUACCCCCAGUUCUUCCAUUUCCUGCAGAGUGACCACAGUCUUCUCUAUGUUCACUGUUUGAUUGCAACUUCGAAUUCUGCUUUUGUUCCCCCGUUACACAUUAUUUGGCGAUUCUUCAAGUAAAUCUCCAAAUAAUGGGGCAAAAUAGAUUUGCAACAUGAAAUGUUUCCAAAGUUGGUAAUAACUCCGUUUUUUGAUGUGAUGUGCACCAAAGCUUUUAUGAAUGUAUCACUUGCUGCAUAUACUGUAUAUAAAUUCACUGAAGUAUUUUUUUUACGCCUUAAUGAA